AUGACGCGCAAUGUUAGGUUUGCUGCAGAAGUGGCAUCACUUCGAGAUCCAUAUGAUUCCGAGUUAUACGUUAUGGAGCGUUAUGCGAGACACGCGCUAAACUGUGUGUUUUGUAUAGACCCAUAUACUACAUACAGACGGGAGGGUUCUCUUUGCACCAAAGGAAAUGACCUUGCAAAAGACAUUGAAGAACACCUAUAUGUUAAAGGAGGCAAGCCAUUUUCCAGACUUGAUCGUGAAAAUGGAGACGAUGUUCAGGUUCGGAUUUCCGAUGCCUUGGAGCCUGUCACCUCACUCCUCAAGGCCAUCGACGAAAGACGGAGGCGCGACUGCACGCGACCUGUGGGAUACGAUACCUCAGGCAAAGAAAGACCAGAGGGCAAGAAGGCCGGCGAGCCUGGGACGCAUGAGAAGCAAACAGAGCAGAUGCAAUGCGAACGCCUCCGUAAGCAUCCAUCCGAUAUUCCGCUGCCUCAGACUGUAGUUGGAAGCGCCCAUCUAGAUCCGAAUAGGCAACGCAACGGAAUGAGGGUGCAGCGCCCAUCGGCGGCCACUAAUGAUGAUGAGGGUGAAAGGCGUGGCCGAAGACGUUAUGAAGAACACCCUGCAUCCACCAGAGGCGAACCCGGGCAAGAAUACAUUAAACGGAGAGAUACCAACUCGGUGGAAGGCAAAGGAGAGCCGAGUGCCGGCGGAAGCUCUCAGACACCGCCUCCCACCCCUAGAAGCCACAACUGGAGUGACAAUUCUGGCGUUUUAAGGGGGGACGCUCAAAGUGCGAAGCCCGCCCUGGGCAAUGCCUCCGUCCGCAGCCAACAAAGCGUGCUGACUGAGGAUGACAAAUUUACAAGUGGAAGGCAUCGGUACACCAAGCGGGAAAGAGACCUAUCUUUUGAGAGACCGAGUGAGGAUGAUGGAAGACUCAAAAUCGCCGGGCAGGGCUACAGCCGCUUCCGCCAGAUGAAUGAGUCCGUUAUGUCGUCGUCUCAGCCUGGAUACCAAGAUCCAUACGCCAGCAGGAAGGAGGAUACCAAGAGUCUCGUUAUGCCUUCAGACUCUGGUUACACGAGUAGGCGCAGUCGAAAUGUCGGAGAAUCAUCGUACUCAGUCCGUAGGUGA